AUGGACGAUAACGGUAUCGCGAAUAAUGCUGUCAAGAACAAGUGGUUAAUGCCUCUAUCAGUUUUCUUCAAAGAUGCAAGCCUUGUAUUCAAGAUGGACACACUAGCUAAGGAGAUACUUGGGAUUGCAUUCCCAUCUGCACUUGCUGUUGCUGCUGAUCCAAUUGCUUCGCUUAUCGACACGGCAUUCAUCGGCCACUUAGGGCCUGUGGAACUUGCGGCUGCAGGAGUUGCCAUUGCGGUGUUCAACCAAGCUUCAAGGAUUACCAUUUUCCCUUUGGUCAGUAUUACAACUUCCUUUGUAGCUGAAGAAGAUACUAUUGCUAAAAUCAAUAGUAUAGCAGCAGAAAAGCAAUCCAAUGAAAGCAUUAAGGCAAAGUCCAAUGAAGUAAUGCCUGGUGAUCAUUUGCUUCAAGACAUUGAAGCAGGUGCAACAAAACAGGAUGGUACCUUGAAAAAUGAGACGAAAAAUGGAGAUGAUGCUAAUUCAAAUAUAAGCAAGUCUACUCUUGUUACUAGUAAUGGUAACAAGAAUGAGUCAAAACCUAUAAGAAAGAAGAGGCACAUAGCUUCAGCAUCUACAGCAUUACUUUUUGGCACAGUUCUUGGCCUUAUUCAAGCUGCAACCCUUAUAUUUGCAGCAAAACCUCUAUUAGGUGCAAUGGGUUUGAAAAGUGAUUCUCCGAUGAUGACCCCGGCUGCUAAGUAUCUAAGGCUGAGAGCCUUAGGUGCUCCGGCAGUGCUUCUCUCUUUGGCCAUGCAAGGAAUCUUUAGAGGGUUCAAAGACACUACAACUCCUUUAUAUGUCAUUGUUUCCGGGUAUACAUUGAAUGUCGCUUUGGAUCCACUACUUAUCUUUUACUUCAAAUUGGGCAUCAGAGGUGCAGCCAUUUCACAUGUGCUCUCUCAGUACAUUAUGGCAACUUUCCUCUUGUUUAUAUUAAUGCGAAAAGUGGACCUCGUACCUCCAAGCAUGAAGGAUUUGCAGAUUUUCAGGUUUCUUAAAAAUGGUGGUCUUCUGUUGGCAAGAGUUAUCGCAGUGACAUUCUGUGUGACCUUAUCAGCCUCAUUAGCAGCAAGGUUAGGUCCGAUUCCAAUGGCCGCAUUCCAAACUUGCCUCCAAGUUUGGAUGACAUCUUCCCUUCUCGCCGACGGUUUAGCUGUUGCAAUACAGGCAAUUCUCGCGUGUUCGUUUGCUGAGAAAGACUACAAUAAAGUGACUACUGCCGCAACAAGAACGCUACAAAUGAGUUUCGUUUUAGGAGUUGGACUCUCUCUAUUAGUCGGAGGCGGACUAUACUUCGGAGCCGGAGUGUUUUCCAAAGACGUUGCUGUUAUUCACCUAAUCAGACUAGGCCUCCCGUUUGUUGCUGCUACACAACCGAUCAAUUCGUUAGCCUUCGUCUUCGAUGGCGUGAACUACGGAGCAUCUGAUUUUGCUUACUCCGCAUAUUCCUUGGUCUUGGUCUCAUUAGCAAGUGUUACUUCUUUAUUCUUUCUCUACAAGACUAAGGGUUUCAUCGGGAUCUGGAUCGCAUUAACCAUCUAUAUGAGUCUUCGCAUGUUCGCUGGCGUAUGGAGGAUGGGAACGGGCACAGGACCAUGGCGUUUUCUCAGAGGCCACUCGUUGUCUUGA